CUUGAAUAUAGAGUCUUCUUCACGUGUUAGUGGAGAUGCUUAACGCAAGGUUGUUUGUGGGGCCAAACGCCACCCAAAAAAGGAAAGAAAGAAAUCCAAAAUUAGGAACAUACGGGUCUGGAGACAUCUAUUUGGCGGAAAGAGCAAAAACUGUUGAGUUCUUUAGAAAAAAGAUAUGUUUAGUUAGAGGGGGUGUGUAGGUCUGUACUUUUUUUUUUUUUUUUUUUUUCAUGAUUGUGAAUGAGUCACAGUGUGUGUCAUGGCCCAUAUACUAUAAAGGAGAACCCUUUCACUAGUUCAAAUGUUAGUAGAGUGAUUUGUACACUGUGUUUACUACUUUUUACUGUUUUUGGGAUUAUCAUGAAACUGUCACUCGACUGUAUCUUUCUACUCAUCGUCUUGAUGACUUGCGUUGAGCUCUUUGUCACAGCCCGUCCUGCUAUUAUACCACAAGGAAAAAAUGGUCUGAAGAUACUGGACCAAGACUUGCGUACGCUAUUCAAAACAGUAUCUGAAGAAAGGCAAAAGAAUAAUUUGAACGACUUUGAACAAUCCCUCACAUCCCUGCCCCCGUUGAACUGCAGCAUAGACCAGAAAUCACUCGAGGUGAGCAGUACCUUAGCACAGCUGUACUCUGGUCUUAAAUCCUACAAGUUCCAUCUUGACUGGAUCCAGCAGAAACAAGACGAAAUGGGGAGUGAUUAUUCUAUGACAAAAAAGAUCGCUCGUCAAAUCCAAACCAUCAGCAACAAGGUCAAACAGAUUGGGGCACCACUUUCUGAGCCCGUCCACCCUUCCCUGCCUCCUCUGAAGACAGCCUGGAGCUUGUUCCAGGCCAAUGCAGAAAUCUACGAUAAACUGUACUUCUUUUGCCACUGUUAUAUUAGAGCACUUAGAGUCCUGAAACACAGUCAAUAGUGAUCAUACAACAUCAUAUGACACCAGUAGCCCUCAGGUGAGGUCAUCACGCAUCGUGGUAGCAUCAUCUGACUUGCCUUAAUGUUUGAAGGGAUGGGAUGGAAUGAAUGUUCAAGCCUUUGUAAGUCAUCUUCCAUUUUGACAGUCCAUUAGUUAACAUUUCCUAUGUGUGAUGGUGUUUUUUUUAUAUAAUUAAUAAGUUAUGUAUUUAAUAUUUAUUGAAUCGAGUUCUAUGUUUACAAUGAAGGAUUUUUUAUACAGAGUGAAUGAGAAAAUAGCACUUUAAAAAUAUUAAGUGUCUCAUUUCAAUAAGAAAAUUUGUAUGCAAAAUCAGCUGCAGGCAGUUGUUAAUAAUGACCAAUAGGUGUCACUAAGGUGUGAAAUAAUGACCAAUAGUUGUUACUGUGGUACAAUUGUGAAGUUCAGGACCUGCACUCAUUUAUUUAUUUUUGUUAAAAGUUAUUAAUUUUGCCAAGAUGUAGUGAAUCAACAUGCUUGUUAAACAACAUAACUAUCUUUUAGGGUUAAGAUUAGACUAUUUGUUUGACAGGAAUCUUGACAUUGAUGUAGAUCCGGUAACACAGCCUACUUGGUAAACACUGUAAAAAAAUGACCGUGAUUUUAACGGUAAAAGAAUGUAAAAAUGCUACGGUUAAAAACAGUUAAUUGGUUUACAGAAAGUUUCCAAACUGUUUACAGUGAAUAACUGUAAUAGAUCUA